GUUGGAUCACGUUACCAAAAAUGAAUCUUCCCCGUUACCUUCAUUCUGCUAUUGCCAUCGAUCAUAAAGUUGUUGUCAGUGGUGGUGAUACUGGCCCAGGAAGAACAGAUACUAUUGAAAUAUUAGAUCUUGAUGAAACCCCACCGCAAUGGAUCACCUCUGACGCGAGACUGCCUGUUCCACUGUGUGCUCAUCAGACGGUUGCUCGUGAAGGAAAGUUGAUAGUCAUCGGGGGAAAUGACGACAACGGUGAUCCUGGAACUGGGGGGAAUUCAAACAAAAUCUAUGAAGUUGACCUCGCACACCCCUACCCCACCAGAAUUUUGUGUAAUCUCCCUCAACCAAUGUCAUGGCAUGGCGCUGAGAUGAUUGACGGUAGAAUAUUCAUCUUUGGUGGAGGAAGAGGCUUCACUAACCCAUACAAUCAGAUUUUGGUAUAUGACCCUAGCACCAACACUUGUCUCCAAAGAGUUGAAAGUUUACCUUACAGCGUGCAAGGAAUGGCGACAAUAAUUUGGUCAAACAGAGUCCUACUUCUGGGAGGGGUCGAUGCUGGUGGUCAAGAAUUAAACACCGUCAUCUCAUACGACGUAACGUCAGGCAUAACGAUGCCAUUGACUCCAAUGCAGCAGCCAAGAGGUGGUUGUACAGCUGUCAGACAUACCAUUCAGGUACAGCAACAAGGACAAGGUGAGGUUGUCGCGUUAGGAAGUUUGGGAAACCUUAACACAGUUGAAAGAUGCGUUCUUGGUAUAAACGUCUGGAGUGAUAUGCCUACCACAUUAGAAGCUCGACAACUAUGCACAGUGGUCUUUUCUUCACCAUUCAGCAACGCAUAG